GGUAUCUUAAUCAUUACAGUCGGACAAUCACGUGACUGUGAAGAAAUUCUAAAGAGGAAUUCCCACAUCAGAGGAAGAGACGGGGUGUACACAGUCUGCCCAGACAAGAAAAAUCCAACGAACGUCUACUGUGACAUGACCACAGACGGAGGAGGGUGGACGGUAAUACAGAGGAGAUUUAACGGACACACAAAUUUUCAACGGAACUGGAAUGAUUGCAAGAGAGGAUUCGGGGAUGUAGACAAGGAAUACUGGUUAGGAAAUGACCAAAUCCAUGCCUUGACCAGCGGAAGAAACCAGGAACUGCGUAUUGACAUGGGUAAAUUCACUGGAUCCAUGGUGUAUGCUCGGUACUCACAUUUCUCUGUUGGGAGUGAAUCUUCUAAAUAUAAGUUGUCCAUCAGCGGCUACAGCGGAAACGCAGGAGAUAUGAUGAUAAAAGCUCAUAACCUGAAUGGUAUGUACUUCUCAACAAAGGAUAGAGACAAUGACCUGGCUGGAGGGAAUUGUCCAGUCUACCACGCUGGUGUGUGGUGGUACAAUCACUGUACGUGGUCAAAUCUCAAUGGCGUGUACCAAUCGUCAAAGAACGGAAACAGGAAAACUCUUUUCUGGGGAAAGGGUCAUGAGAGCAUGAAGUCUACUAAAAUGAUGAUAAGAACCAAGAAAUGAGAAAAUGUCAUAAUGUCAAUGAAAUAAAUGUAUGCUUAUUGGAAA